CCCCUGAGCGCCCCGCGGCCCCCGAGGCACCCUCUGGCCGUCGCUUGCCUGGGCGGACGGUGAGCCUUGCGCAGGCGCGGAGCUUAGACCUCGCUGCAGCCCCCAUCGCCUCCGGGAGUCGCACCCAGGGAGUCCGCCUGCUGGCGCGUCAGCGCUCUCCCCAUCGUCUGCCCUCCCCGGUCCCCCCAGCGCCCUACGCGCCCCGAUGGCGGAGUUGCGGCCUAGCGGUGCCCCCGGCCCCGCUGCGCCCCCGGCCCCUGGCCCUUCUGCCCCUCCGGCCUUCGCCUCUCUCUUCCCCCCGGGACUGCACGCCAUCUACGGAGAGUGCCGCCGCCUUUACCCUGAUCAGCCGAACCCGCUCCAGGUUACCGCUAUCGUCAAGUACUGGUUGGGUGGUCCAGACCCCUUGGACUAUGUUAGCAUGUACAGGAACAUGGGGAGCCCUUCUGCCAACAUCCCCGAGCACUGGCACUACAUCAGCUUCGGCCUGAGUGAUCUCUAUGGCGACAACAGAGUCCAUGAAUUCACAGGAACAGAUGGACCUAGUGGUUUUGGCUUUGAGUUGACAUUUCGUCUGAAGAGAGAAACAGGGGAGUCUGCGCCCCCAACAUGGCCAGCAGAGCUAAUGCAAGGCUUGGCCAGAUAUGUGUUCCAGUCAGAGAACACCUUCUGCAGCGGGGACCACGUGUCUUGGCACAGCCCUUUGGAUAACAGUGAGUCAAGAAUUCAGCACAUGCUGCUGACAGAGGACCCGCAGAUGCAGCCCGUGCAGACCCCCUUUGGGGUGGUGACCUUCCUCCAGAUCGUUGGCGUCUGCACCGAGGAGCUCCACGCAGCCCAGCAGUGGAACGGGCAGGGCAUCCUGGAGCUGCUGAGGACGGUCCCCGUCGCUGGCGGCCCCUGGCUGAUAACUGACAUGCGGAGGGGAGAGACCAUAUUUGAGAUCGAUCCACACCUGCAACAGGAGAGAGUUGACAAAGGCAUCGAGUCAGACGGCUCCAACCUGAGCGGCGUCAGCGCCAAGUGUGCCUGGGAUGACCUGAGCCGACCCCCGGAGGACGAUGAGGACAGCCGGAGCAUCUGCAUCGGCACUCAGCCCCGGCGGCUCUCCGGCAAAGACACGGAGCAGAUCCGGGAGACCCUGAGGAGAGGGCUUGAGAUCAACAGCAAACCCGUCCUUCCGCCAAUCAACCCUCAGCGGCAGAAUGGCCUCACCCACGACCGGGCCCCGAGCCGCAAAGACAGCCUGGAAAGCGACAGCUCCACGGCCAUUAUUCCCCAUGAGCUGAUCCGCACACGGCAGCUCGAGAGUGUACAUCUGAAAUUCAACCAGGAGUCGGGAGCCCUCAUUCCUCUUUGCCUGAGGGGCAGGCUCCUGCACGGACGGCACUUUACGUAUAAAAGUAUCACAGGUGACAUGGCCAUCACCUUUGUCUCCACGGGAGUAGAAGGCGCCUUUGCCACUGAGGAGCACCCUUAUGCAGCUCAUGGACCCUGGUUACAAAUUCUAUUGACUGAAGAGUUUGUAGAGAAAAUGUUGGAGGACUUAGAAGAUUUGACUUCUCCAGAGGAAUUCAAGCUUCCCAAAGAGUACAGCUGGCCCGAGAAGAAGCUCAAAGUCUCCAUCCUCCCCGACGUGGUCUUCGACAGUCCACUGCACUAGCCUGGGCUGGGCCCUGCAGGGGCCAAGGGAGAGCCCGGCUGCUCCCCGCUGACUUCCAGUGUGACAACUGCCUAGACGAGACGCCCACAAAGAAAGGACAAGUGUGAGGAUGACUGCGCGGCCACCACACGCGCAGCCCGCUGGGAUGCCACGCACAGGCCGCAGCCCCACCUCACCGGCAGCUCAGGAGCCUCACCCUGCAGCCGGCCAAGCCAGGUGACCAGGCCCUGGCCCACUGGGGCCACACGCGGCCCAGUGCCAACUUUCCCCUCCCACCGCUGCCACAGGUUCUGGUGUGCCGUUUGCCUCUGGACCUCCGAUGUGCCCCCAGGGGGAGACGGGCCUCAUUCUCACCUACCCUCCGCCACACAGGCCAGCGGGAGCGAGGUGGAGUGGCCCUGGGCCUGCACUGGCCGGCGCAGCUCUGCGCAGCCUUUGGUAGUCCAGCUCCUCUGGCCGCAGAACGAUUCCUUCGAUCGUGUUUGGUUUUCUCCCUCCUUAUUUUAUUUUGUAGAAACCGGAUGGUAUCUUAUUGCUCGUCAAAGAUGUCCAGAAGCCGUGUAUAUAGUGUUUUUUAAACAGAACUUUAUUUCCAGAUGAACUUUCUCAUUCUCCCAGACAAGGGCCUGGGGCCGUGUCCCCCGGAGCUGCCGCCUUCUGCCAGAGAAGGUGCCGGUGUUCGCCUGCCAAUCCAGGGCCUCAGAGGAGCCGGCUUCACGUGCCUCCAUGCAGCCUUGAGCCCAGUGUAGCUUCGGCCAGGAAGGGCUGCUGCUGGUUCCCAGGUGGACGGGGCACCCACAAAGGUCAAGGAUCAUCAGGGCUCCGAUGACCCCAACCUCAUCUUCCAGGCAUUUUCCAGCCAACCAGGUCGGCUGAGGAAGGGCGAAGCCCACACCUCACAGACCAUCCCCACCUGCUGCUCAGGGCCCGGGGCUCCAGCUCUUGGACCACUCCUGUCCCAUUUCCUUCCCCUGGGCCUCAGGCCUUUAGGCUAUAGGACUCUGGCUUAUUAAAAACCGAAAACUCAACCUCUCAACAUGUCUUUCACUUUGGGUUUGCCAGCACUGCCCUGUCCGCCCUGCCAACCUCCCUGCAUCCAUUCAUUCUUCAUCCAUCACUCUGCCCCUCGUCCUGUCUCCAUUCCUGCAUCCUGGCCUCUCACCCGCUACCGCAGAUCUCAUCCUCUUCCUGUCUCAUAGCCAACCUAUCUCCAGCCCGUGGUUCCGGGGUUCCUCUUGAGUUGUCUCCCGUUUUUGACGUGGAAUCAACAAGUCCUUUUCAUGCCCUCUUACCUCCACUUCUAUUAUGAGCUCCCCCUUCAGGCCUUUCCAAAGCAAAUCCUUUUGUCUGUCUGGGACCACACAGGACCAUGCCCUGCGCUUGCCAGGACCCACCACCAGGAGUGCCAAGCAGGCCCAUAGGGGGCAGGACAUCUCCAUUGAGCGAUCCAACCAGAGGGCUGCCUCCAAGGGCCAUGAGGGUAGUGGCCCUGGCAGGUGCUCCAGGGAUCAAGAAUUGAACUCUGCACACACCCUCAGGGCUACCUGGUUAACUCCAUCAGACUAAGAGCUUCAAGUCAAAUCAGCUUGGCAUUUGGGAGACACGCCCCCACCUACACACAGCGAAGGCAGAAGACCCUCUGGACCUGAUGUUGGCAGCAGCUAUGCCUUCUGCUCCGAGGACUUUUCCAGAAGGACAUUUCCUGGCCUUCACCCACCACCACAUCCCUGCCUACAAAGCUCUUGUCUUCAGACGCUUCAUGGCUGAGAAGUGCCAGUGGCUUGCCUCCUUUCCUUGCCAUCCUGACCUGCUUACCCACAGGCUCUUUCUUUCUGGGGCCCUGCCUCUACCUGCCUGGUUUGGCCCAGGGGGGAGAAGAGUAUCUUCUAGCUAAGCUUUGACAUCAGUAUGGAGGCAGUAGGGAAGCAGGUGAGCCCUGGGACAAUGAGCCUGUGGCCUCUUCCUGCCCCCCCACCCCCACCCCAGUGCUGGGAGCCACCAAGGUCCAGCUGGAACCAGCCUUCACUCCUUUUCCUACAUUGCGCUGGCUCUGCGGGAGAGGCAAGCCUCAGCCAUCUCUGCCCAGCACUCCUCUCCCUUGGGCAGUGGUGCCUUCCAGAGGUUUCUCGGCAAGGGAGCCCCCUCAGCAAGGGACCCUCCCCAGGGUGAAGGAAGGCUGACCGCGGGGCAGGCCCAGCACGGCACCUGGCACAUGAAAGGUGCACACUGAAUGGACCCCUUCUUUCCCUCCCUGUAACUUUUUGGGAGCCCUGACCUCAGAGUGAGUUGAGGAGGUAAGAAGCCUCCCUGCCUAAAUCUGCCUCUUCCUAAGGCUUCCUUGAGACCUGCCCCGUCCUACCCCCUCCCUCCACAUCCCUUGUGGCCCAAGCUUCUCAGAGGAAGGGGCUCCCCACACCGUCUGCCUGCUACACAAGGCAGACACCCGUAGCUCCUCGGGUCCAGUGGGGGCUGCAGAAGGACCACAGACCCCGCAGCCACUGUGUGCGGGUGGGGAAGCUCACGCAGGUCUCAGGUCUGGCUGGGGAGCUGGUGCCUCUUGUGCACUUCUCUUCCUCUUCCAAAGGCGAGGCUUCAUGGCAGGGAUUGGGAAGCCUGUGGGGAGAGUCUAAAGGGCUUGCACGUUUUUAAAAGUAAACACAGGGUCUGGGGAUUGGGUUUUAAGACUGAGUGGAGAGCAGGGAAAAACCUGAAGGUCAGUGCCCCUGUGGGGCAGACCAGGAGAGAAUUCCCUGGACUGUAUUUUUUUAUCUGGCUGUCUUUCCUCUCUGGCUUCCGGGUCCUCUGCCAGGUGAGGUCCUUGGGUCCCUGUUAUAAGUCAGGAGCCCUGUAGAAAGAGCCCUCCUUUUGUACAAGUACCUGAAUGCUGCAAUGAGCAGACUUUUGUAAAAUUUUAUAUUAGUUUCUAAUGUCAAUGGUGACUCGGUUCCUGGGGGCUGCAGCCAGCCUGGGACUUUUGUAAGAAUUUUUGGGUGACUCACUUAGAUGUCGUUUCUUUCUUGUCCCCUCUUCCUCUGUGUAAUCUAAGUGCAUUAAACAUAUUUGCAGAA